UCAUUCGCUCAGUAAGAACCAUUCAAAAGAAUUGAUUCACAUGAAUGAUUCGUUCAGGAGUCGGACAUCGCCACAGUGCGGCGGAUGCGGGGAAGAUGGAGGAGGAGGCAGGAGCUGUGUGAGGACACAGAGAUGCGGAUUAUGAAGGGUUGAGCGUCAAAUAAUCAAAGCGCAAAAGACGAGGCUAAUGGACGCGGAGACGAGCACAUCUCAAUGGCACACAUUCAACGACAGGACUCUUCCCAUCUGGAUCUAGAUAGAUAGAAUGAUCAUCUCAUUAUAACAGCGCAUUUCUUAAAGAGCGUGCGGGAAGCUUUUGCAACAGGACAUCGACUACUGUAUUUCCAUAUAGUAAUUCUCAUAAACAAGAACGAGGAAUGUGGAAAACGGGGAUGAUUGUGAAUGCGGAGGAUGGAGAAAGCGAAGGAUCAUAAACGUGAUCCUGAAUGCGCUUUAGUGCUCGCAGGGAUUCGGCAUCUGCGCGUUCUGUGCGUUAUGACGCCCUAACAGUCCUCGCAGAUCCGCGUUCUGAGCAAACACAGCGAUCCGGAGGCUUUGGAAGAUGAGGCUCCCGCGUCUGCUUCUGUGCUCGUGGGCAUUCGUGGCCCUUCUGCCGGUCACCUCCUCAGUGCUGCUCCGCGUCCCCCUGCGGCAGGGGCCCCUCUCACAGCCCGCGGCCCCCCGGGGCCCCUCGAGGUCACGCAGAGCAGCCAGUGGCAUGAAUGUUGUAAACAUGAUUGACAACCUUCGCGGAAAGUCAGGCCAAGGGUAUUACAUUGAAAUGGCCGUGGGUGCACCAGCUCAGAAGCUGAACAUCCUGGUGGAUACGGGCAGCAGUAACUUUGCAGUAGGCGCAGCUGCUCACCCGUUCCUCCACAGAUAUUACCAUCGAUCUCUCUCGUCGUCGUACAGAGAUCUGGGCCGCAGCGUGUAUGUGCCGUACACACAGGGCCGCUGGGAGGGCGAGCUGGGCACGGACCUGCUGUCCAUUCCUCACGGGCCCAACGUGUCUCUGAGGGCCAACAUCGCUGCAAUCACCCAGUCUGACCGCUUCUUCAUCAACGGAUCUAACUGGGAGGGCAUCCUCGGGCUGGCCUACGCCGAGAUCGCCAGGCCGGACGAGACUCUGGAGCCGUUCUUCGACUCUCUGUUGAGGCAGACCAGCGUCCCAGACGUCUUCUCCCUGCAGCUCUGCGGAGCGGGCUUCACACAGAACUACAGCGCCGGCAGCUCCACUGUAGGGGGCAGUAUGAUUAUUGGGGGAAUCGAUCCGUCUCUGUAUGUUGGCGAGCUGUGGUACACACCAAUCAGACGAGAGUGGUAUUAUGAGGUCAUCAUCGUGCGCAUCGAGGUCAACGGACAGGAUCUCAAUAUGGACUGCAAAGAAUAUAACUAUGAUAAAAGUAUCGUGGACAGCGGCACCACAAACCUGCGUCUCCCUCGUAAAGUGUUCCAGGCGGCUGUGAAGGCCAUUGAAGCAGCUUCAUCGACUGAACAGUUUCCCUCAGGUUUCUGGCUGGGCGAGCAGCUGGUGUGUUGGCAGGCGGGCAGCACACCCUGGCACAUCUUCCCUGUCAUCUCUCUCUACCUGAUGAGUGAAAACACAAACCAGUCUUUCCGCAUCUCCAUCCUGCCACAGCAGUAUCUGAGGCCGGUGGAGGAUGUGGCCUCGGCUCAGGAGGAUUGUUAUAAAUUCGCUGUGUCUCAGUCGAGCACUGGGACGGUAAUGGGUGCCGUCAUCAUGGAGGGCUUCUAUGUGGUGUUCGACCGAGAGCACAAACGCAUCGGCUUUGCAGUCAGCACGUGUCACGUCCACGAUGAGUUCCGCACCGCUGCAGUGGAGGGGCCGUUCCAUGGCGUGGACCUUGAGGACUGUGGCUACAACGUCCCUCAGACCGACGAGUCCACAUUAAUGACCAUCGCCUACAUUAUGGCGGGCAUCUGUGCACUAUUUAUGCUGCCUCUGUGCCUCAUGGUCUGUCAGUGGCGCUUCACGCGCUGCCUUCAUCCGCUGGCCACUGGAGAUUUCUCUGAUGACAUAUCCCUCCUGAAGUGAGCCAUUUCUAAACGCAGAAUGAUUUCAGUGCUUGUAAAACCGGCCAUCCUCGAGGGUCUCAAAGAAGGGGAAUUGAUGAUAUUGAUGAGACUACAGUGAUUAUAACUAUAUAUGUUAUAAUAUUGCAUAUGCACACACACACACACCCUAAUGGGUGUCCCACCUUGGAGGAUUUCGUACCCUCUGACCCUUUUUGAGUACAUGUGAUAUGUGAAUGAUCCUUUAUCUUACAGACUUAAGUGUGGAUAGCUGUUCUGGGACUGUUCAAGUGAAGUUCUGUAAAGUUCUCUAUACUAUGUGAGUGAGUGUGUCUGUGUUUGAAAGUUAGAGAGAGUUUGUUCACUAUAUCAAGAUGUCAUAAUCUAUUAUAUGAUCAACACUGACUAAUUUUCAAAAUGAAUAUGGGGUAUAACAAAGUACUGUUUGAGUCACUGUUUAUGACAUAGCAGUACCCCAAAAUACCAUAAGGAGCUCAUAUUACUAUUACUUACUAAGACAACAUGAUCUUCUGACUGUAUUAGUUGAAAGCUUACAGUUAAUAGACCUAUAUGAUUUGUAAUAAUGAAUGUCAGUGGGAGAGAACAUGUCCAGUCAUAUUUUACCCCAAUAUCUAAAGG